UAAACAGUGUCGCCUCAUUACAACUGCUACAGCUGCUCCUAUCUCGUCGAUUUACGCCUGUCUCCUGUCUUUUUCCCUCUCCCAGCUCACGACCAAGAAAAACAAAUCUGAAAGAAAGUGUUCAUAGUGAAUUGUGCUACUACUGCCAGUUACAACGACAACGACCUGUCUCUAAAUGCCCGCCACGGUCAUUGAGAAUAAACACGCGCCCCAACAUUUGUGUCGUAACACGCACGACCUUCCUCUCCCUUCCCCUCGACGGAAGUCGUCUCAGCAUUCUACAAUGGCACAGCUAGGGCUGAGCCAGAGAUCAACGCCCAGCGUCAAGAGUAGCGUCAGCCCUGGUCCAACAUCACCUCCGUCCUACAAACGUAAAAGGUCGCUCUCGUCUGAACCUCGAGGAGUGCAAAACAUCACUCGAAAAGUGAUAAAAAAGCUCGAGGAGCUCAGUGGGCACUCAGAUGAGAUAGAAGAAAACGAGAGUGAUAGGAGCGAUGACAAGGACGCUGAAGGAGAGGAACGAGAGGAGGUUGUUAACGAGUUGUUGGCGGAAAGUGUUGGGACUUUAUUAGAAAAUGCGUCAGAGGUAAAAGUCGUCGUUAUCGACAGUCCAGCUUCUGCUUCAAAAAGAGUAGACUGGGAAAUCCCGAGAAAAGCGCUUCAUUCUUCCAUCGGUUUCUUUACCAUCUAUCUUUAUAUUUCCCAGGGUAACCCAAACACAGUCGUCUACGUUCUUUGGUCUGCGUUAUUGGUUAUUGCCCCCAUCGACUUCAUCCGGUUACGUUUCCCGCGGUUCGAGCGCCUGUAUGAGAGGUGUGUCGGUUUUUUGAUGAGAGAGAGCGAAAAGAAAACAACAAAUGGUGUAAUAUGGUACAUUCUCGGUGUCAAUUUCGCCCUCACGUUCUAUCCUCUUGACGUGGCCACAGUCGCAAUCCUCAUUCUUUCUUGGGCCGAUACUGCUGCGUCCACUAUUGGCCGCUUAUGGGGACAUCUAACUCCGAGGUUACCGUCGCAUAUACCCCUCAUACCCCUUUUCCCCGAUAGUCCUCUUCUUCGUUUACCUCUGGCACCCCGAAAGUCACUAGCUGGUUUCAUUGCAGCUUUCGUAACUGGAUCUGCAAUAGCUGCCGGAUUCUGGGGAUGGAUGGCUCCAAUGCGAAACAACACAGGAGAUAUCUCAUGGUGGUUCAAUGGGGGGAUUGAAGGAGGCUCGUUGACUAACGGAUUUGGCGGCUGGCUUGGUCUAGGUCUUAUCAGUGUUUUCGCGGGAUAUAUAAGCGCUGUUGCAGAGGCCCUAGACCUAGGCUCGUUAGACGACAACCUUACAUUGCCGAUUAUCUCCGGUGGAGGGCUCUUCGGUCUUUUCAAGUUCUUGGGAACUGUGUCCUCCUGGUUAGAAGCACCCCGUGCAUGAAAUUAAAGACUACUCCAAAAAUUAUUCUGCACUGAUGUUUGCGACGAGCUACCCACAUUCAUCUAUUUUUCUCAAUUCACGUAAGACAUUGGUUAUCAUGUUCUUUUCUUACAUAUCUUCCCUAGGUCCGUUGGUCAUGAAUCUUGAUUCUUUAUCGAUCGUUUACCACCUUUUGCUUCAUCUUACGCCGCUUGGAUUUUUUUCACGAUAUCCGUCCUAAUGAUUGUGAAACGACUGGGUCUUUCCUCUCUCAUUUUCUGAUAAUCCAGAGACAAUUCUGCACAUUAUCAUUAUUGCCCGCUCAAUUACAGUGCGAAGAGAUUUCAUCUGAAAAUUGAAGUUGUCUCAUGUGUGCCGUUCACUACUUACUACGCCACA